ACUAGUGUGGCACGGAUAGAUCGAUAGAUCCGUGCCACACUAGUGGGGCUAGGUUGGCAUGAAUGAAGAAUAAAUAGUUGUAGGCCUAACUUUAAAUGAUGGAUAUUUAUAUAGCCCAGGUUGGACGCCAGUCUUCAUUUCGUCUGCCCAGUUCAACAAUUUAAGAGACCCUCACUAUGUCUGGGAAUGCAUUUCCCGAAACUCACUACCCAGGCCUUGUCCUAUCAGACAGACGAACACAACUACCAGAUGGUUACGGCUGCUUCCAGGCUGCCGACUUGGAAACUGGAAACUCCCGAGGGAAGGAGAAACAGCUGCGGUUUAAAUUCCAGUAUCGUCAUGGCAACAAGAAGAGAAGAUUGGAAGCACAAGAACCAACUCUACCUCUUCUGAAACCUCAGCAGUGUUUCCCUAUUCCCCUUCCUGACCUUCAAGAUCUCUCUAGAACCUCCGUCAUUGAUGGAACUCUUAAGGUCAUAGACAGAGCAGUUGAGCAGGCUUACUACUUUUAUCAGAACUUUCCGCAUUUGGUGUGGGGUUCAGCGCUUGAUUUCCUAGAGGGUUCCUACGUCGAUAACAUUCCUGUGACCAUAAAAUCUAAGGAUGCAUGUAUAUACAUUGAAGAAGAACAACGUAUAAGUUUGGCCAAUGUACUGGUAAGUGACAAAGUCCAACUUUAUGACUUACUGGAGCCAGCAUUGUAUGACAUCCACCCCGACAUGCUACUUAACUUGCUGAAAGAAGACAUCAAUGAAAACAUCCACAAACUGUAUGUAGAUCAGGAUUUCUACGGUGGUUGUCUUUCCUAUCAAUCACUCCCACCUUCUUCGUUACAUGAAGGAUUGCUGUUUUACCCCACUGGUCCAACAUUGGAAGAACUCAAUAUACGGGCUGUGCCACACCAGGAUGUUCCAAUAUAUUCAAUUCAAUCUUCUCCCAGUUGUCAGUUUGAUGUUGUUUCACCGCUGAGACAAAUCGAGACAGUUUGUGUGCCAUACAGAAGAAACAUCACUGCUGCUGUAAGAAGCGAUUACUCGUGUUGUGUCCUGGAUGUCAAGACAAAGAAAGACAAGAUCAAAGCAAAGGUGUCCAACUUUGUUCACAGCCAACAGAAGAUAGCAUCAGUAGCUCUCAGUCCAUACAUACAUGGUGAAUGUCUACUUGGGCUGGAUACCGGUGGCACUCAACUCAUCAAUCCUGAGAAAAAGUUACAGUGCAUUAGGAAGACACCAGAGCUCCAAGACCAGUCUGCUUGCAGAUGUCAUUACAGUGGACAUCCACGACUCAUAGUCACUCACCAGACGAAACGACUGGACUUAGUGGACUGUCGAGCUCCAGAGGAGAGUGGUAUUUCUCGUCUCUUGUCCAUCCCGUCUGAGAACUUAACGCAAAAUCAGGAAAUCUUUGUUGCUAAGCAACACCCUAGCAACCACUUCUACCACUUGGUGGCAACGCAGGACUUGCUGCUAUUGAUGGAUCAGAGAUUCCCAAAAUACAAUGUUUUACAGUGGUGCCAUUCUUUGAGGUCACCUCCCAACUGCAUGGAUAUUAUUCCCAGUGCAGAGAUCUCAGAUGACCUGCCAAGUGACUUGACCUCAGAUCUUAUUGUUCUAGCCAGUCAGAGUUCAAGAGAGGUUCACUGCUUUCAGUGCAGUGAGUUGAAUGGACAAACCCCAGAAUCCACUUCCGUUCCAUGGAAAAUAGCAAGUACAGAUGGAUGGUUUGACAUGCUCCCCGAAUAUCCAACAGCAGACCUUGACCCUGUAAGGUCACGUCUUGAGAGACCUCUGAUUGGUAUGAGUGCUGCCAAGAGGAUCUCCUGUGAGGGGUGUGAACCAGGAGUGACUGUGUUUCAGUUGACCACAGCUGGAGAUGUGUUCUUCCAAACCUACACUCAGAAAAUGUCUGAGGACAGGCGAGAUAAGACAUUAUCCUAUGGGCCCGGAUGUCCUCAAGUUCAUCUCAGCAAGGAGUCAUUGAUGAAUUGCAAGCAAUGGGUAGAGGGCGUGGUUCAUCAGGCCAGGCAGGAGACAAACACAGCUCAGACGUCAUUCGGUUUUAAGAAAGUCAAUAGAGAGACCGUCGCAGAGGCUUUGAAGGACAUCACUCAAAAAACAAGCCCAAGCAGAGACUGCAGACUGUGCCGCACCACUGACUCUGAUCAGCCAGAUGACUACGAGCCCACUGACCAGCACCAGCUUUGCCCAGCCUGUGGGGUCAAGAUUGCGGACGCAGAUGAACUUAAGGAUUGCGUGGAGGCCGGCGGGAGGAUUGUCUUCAAGAAGAGAAGGUUUGACGAGGAGGAAGGAGAGGAGAUGGGACCACUGGAGAAGAUCAACCCAAGGAAGUACAGAGACGAGAUGAGCAAGAUGUUGCAUCACGCUUGGGUGCAUGGAUAUGACGCUGGAGAAUUGGACCAAGAUGAUGAGUAUUCAAAUGAGCCUGUGGCAGUCACCCCACACCGACCCCCUCAAACACCAACGCCCGUCACCCUUUCCAACAAACGGAAAUCCCUUGACCCCGUGCCCCAGGAUGCACCAGAUGGAUUCACUCUAGAUAGUCAAAGCUUGGACCUGUCUGAACAGAGGAUAUCCAACGCUAGACUGGCACAGGCCAACAGGAAGAAAAAACCAAGGAGAAGUGCAAUGGGAUUUUAAGGUUCAUUAGAAAUUUUAUUUCAAGCCAAACACAAUACAAGGCAAUAGAAGUAUUGGAAUUCUAUUUUUACUUGGCACAAACCUAUAACAAUGUUAAAAAAUGAUGUAGUUAUAAAAAGGAACUAAACAGAAGCUGAAUUGUAAAUUUGCAUCGGUCUCUAAGUUUCACAAACAUUGUUGUUGCUCUUAACAUUUUCAAUCAGUUUUUCAAAGCUUUGUCAAGAGUGCUUUGAAGCCUGAAACCAAAAGGAAGGUAUUUCAAAUCGGUUCACCUCUAACUUUGGAAUGAUGUCUAUUAAUGGAAGUUUGUGAGAUGAAUAUAUAUUUUUCAUAGAAAUGAACUGUUUAACAAAACUGGAAUGGUCAUGAGUACAGUUUAUUGAUUGGUUUUGAGUCUUGGAAUGAUUGGAAAAUGAAAUCCUUUAUUAGACCAAAUCUCUUCAGUGUUUGCAGUUGGUUCAUUUCCAGUAAAGAACAUGGAAAGUUCCAACUAGAUCUGGAACUGAAGACAGCAAAAGUCACAACUACAAUCUGAAAUGGCUUGAAUUGUUUGAUAAGUUGGAUGAUCCCUAAUUUGACACAAAUUAGAAUGGUUUUAAAAUGCUGAAAAUUGAGCCUUUGUGUCUUAAAUAUUGCAGCCACAUAAUUCAUUUCAGCCAGAGAUUUCACACUGUUUUGAAUGACAAUACCAGCAGCCAAUUUUAUGAAUGUGCCGUAACGUUGACUAUGUGUAAACGUUGCACCACAAAUUAUGCCAUAGUUGCGCAAGUAUACUUAUAUCCAGUUUCAUGAAAAGUUGUGUAGCGGUUCCACGUUUUAAUAUUAAAUUUCUUGGACGAAAAUGAUAACAGCUUUUAUGAUUGCUGUUACUUUCCAAUAUCACAACAGUCAUUAGACCGCCACUGAAUUACCUCCCUCCGCCAUUUUGAAAAGUUUUCAUCUUUUCUUGGUUGAAACCAGACAAAAAGUCUCUCACACCCAGACAUGUUUUUCACUACCUGCAAAAACAAACUUGUACAUUUCUCAUACAAGCCUUGUUAAGUUCAGCAAUGAUGAGGCUUAAUCGAACACCUUGAGCUAGUGAAAUCGUUCAUUUUCACUUUGUUCAGCAUGACUUAUGCCACCUAAAAUGAGUGCGUAAGCUACGCCAUAAUUUAUUG